GGAAGAAAGGAAUCUGGCGCGGCGUUCUCUUUGAAACUAGGGUCGAAGCUUUUUUGUGACAGAUCCAAUAGCAAGAUGCUCAUUCCCCGGAUCUCAAGAUCAAGAUCGCGCCAACGAGGGCAACUUGACCACGAGGUGUAUGUACACCAAAGAAAGGAAUGCGUCCCAGUCACUACACGGAUCGUAUUAUUCAAUGCAUGCAUUCAUUAUACACAUGCACUUGCUGCGGCUUUGAUGAAAAAAGAAGACAUUAGUCAACAUCCACACACGCAGUACAAUGCAUGCAUGGCAAUCAGAGACGAACAACAAACAUACGAAGAAGCUCGCAAGAGAGAAGUCGAAGCGUCCGGACAAAAAAACGCAGCCAACCUUGGGAAUGAAAGGAAUGACGAGAAAGAUGAUCGACAGAUGAGCCACCAUCUGCGACCCGCCCGAAAAAUGUACUAAGAAAGCCCACCAACAUCACCACAACCCCAAGCUGUUCAAGUCGUACCACAAGACUCAUCUCUUUAUAGCAAAAACGGCUUUUUGGAACGUGCCAAUUAGGUCCCUAAUACAGAGUUACAUAAUGAAUUUGACUUGAUUGAUUUGCAGCCACAAUAAAAAAAUGCACAGCCACAGCCAUCAUCCAGGCCGUGGACUUUGUGCGCAAUCUCAGCCCUAUCCCUGAGAGCCAAUAGAAUGAGCGUGGUUGGAAAGAAAAAGAAAAAAAAAGUUGUAAAUUCUCGCGAUGGGCCGGCCUUUUAUGUAUAACCGGCAUUCGUUCUAAAACCGGUUGGGGAGAAUUCGACUCCGAACGAAAGUGAUGCAUUUGG